GCGGCUCCGAGAAAUUUUGAACUCCCCCCUCUCUCUGCCACGCCACCACCGCUUUUGAGCUCCCGGUGAGGGUUCGGGCGGCGGCGGCGCAACAUGGCCGGGAAGAAGACCACCCCAGUAAAACCCGCCCCGCCCUCCACCCAGCGCAACGGCAGCGCCACCCCCAGCUCCAAGGGCCGACCAAAGCAAGCUUCGGGUGAGGCCUCAGCCGCCAGUGCCAAGGCGCGGUCGGCUCCGAAACCUCGCAAAAUCACCAAGGAGAAGCUAGCGGCCGCGAAGAGGAAGCGCGACAAGCCGGAGCCCCAAGAGGGCGGCAAGCGUAAGAAGCAGCAGGCAUCCGGCGACGUGGCGACGCCCGCGAAGAAGAGGAAGAAGGGCGACCGCCCGGAAUCCAAACCCCAGAAGGAACCCAAGCCCGCGAAGAAGAAGCAGCAACCCGGCAAGCCGGAGAAGCCCGCGACGCCCGGGAAGAGGCACCAGUCAUCCGGCAAGCAGGAGAAGGCCACGACGCCCUCGAAGAAGCAGCCGUCAUCCGGCAAGCCGGAGAAGGCCGCGACGCCAGUUAAGAAGCAGCAGUCACCCGGCAAGCCGGAGAAGCCCGUGACGCCCGCGAAGAAGCAGCAAUCAACCGGCAAAGCGGAGAAGCCCGCGCCCACGCCGAAGAAGCAGCAGCAAUCACCCGGCAAAGCGCGGAAGUCCGCGGCGCCCGCGACCACACCCACGAAGAAGAAGCAAGCCAAGAGCGAGAAGCCCACGCCUACCAAGAGGAAGCGCGGCGACGAUGAGCCCCAAAAUGAGGCCAGGAGCCCGAAGAGAGCGUCCGCCGAUGGGGAUGCGCCCGCAUCUACGCCCGUGAAGAAGAAGCGGAAGGACCAGAAGGCGACCGCGGCCGACAUGGGUUCGUGCAGCUUCCCGAUGGCGCGGGUACGGCAGCUGAUGCGGGCCGAGGACGCCACCAUCCGCGCAUCCAAUGAGGCUGUCUUCCUCAUCAAUAAGGCAUCUGAGUUUUUCUUGGGGAAGUUUGCAGAGGAUGCUUAUCGCAAUGCCCUGAAGGAUCGUAAGAAGUCAAUUAUUUAUGAUAAUCUUUCAACAGCUGUCUGCAGCCAAAAGGGUUUCAAGUUUCUUUCAGAUUUUGUACCGCAGAGGGUAACAGCAGAGGAUGCUUUGAAGACAACGGCUGGCAACAAAUCGCAGGCUGAUGCUAGAUUGUUAGUCUUGUGUUGAGGCAUGGUAGGUUAUUUGUUCAACACGUGGAAGUAAACCUGUAGUACUGAAUUCUAUACUAUCGUAUAUCCGAUUGGCAGAUGAUGCCCCCAUUUUACCACCUGGGAUCAGUACCUAGUAGUCCGUAGAUUAGGGUGGACUGAAAAUGCUUCGUCUGGGCUGGGGCAUGUUGUGAAAUGCUUGACUCUGCAAAUUAGAUGCUUAAGAACAGGAGUAGAGGACUUGAGGAGAGAACCAAUCCAAGUUUGUGUAUGUAUCGUAUUAAUUUCUUCUGGAUUACAAACAGUAUUGAUGUUUGAAGGCUCU